CCCCACCAUGGAAGAAUCGACAACACCAAUGCCGUCUCAUCAGAAUCGGACUUUGGGAAAUCAAUCUGAGGUGCUGUCAACAGCAACGAGACCAACACCUGGGAUACAAGGAGAAACCAAGACGCCGAGCGACAAAGUCCAUGAUCCCAUCGAGCAGAAGCCCACAACACCAGCCGAGGACUUCACUUUAGUUUCCACAAUUGCGCCGAGUGUCACAACACAGGCGGCAUCCCAUGACGGGGGAUCCUAUGCUUCCUGGGGUUACGUCCUCAUGGUGCUGCUGCUACUGGUGAUCAUCAUCCUUCUCAUCAUCCUCUACCUGCUGAGGAGGGCGUCCCGGACGUACUCGUUUGACCUACGGCACGGGGCUGCCGGCAAUCAUGGGAAGGCGCCUGCAGGCAAUUUUGAGGUCCUCUACUCUGAUGACCAAGGCCGACAGACCCCCUGUGACAAUUUCAUGUCUCCGGUGGCCAACGGCACGGAUGCACAAUCAGAGGAGCACGAGCUGCAAGAAGAGAUGCACGUAAACCACUCUCAGGCUUCCCAUAGUGGAGACUCCGACGUGGCAAUCCCGGACCACUCACCCAAAAAGUCUGAACCGUGGGACGCCGCUGAGGAGGAGCCUAACCAACACGACAUCACCCCACCUGUUUCUAGUGGUUUGUUAGAUGAAAAGGACUUCAAUGAGCCAUUGCAGUUCAACCUACACAUCGCUUCCUCGUCCUCGACCUCUUCUUCCAAUUUUGACUGAUGAGCUCGAAAGAGGCUUUUCUUUCGCCUAUCUGUAACAACAACCUAUAGUGACAGGCAGAGCAAUCAAAUGUUUUUCCAUAGAUGCCAGGAUGUAUAAUUAACCUGGGUAUCGACCUUUUGCCUUUCAGACAACAGAAUAAUAGCAAUGAAACAGGCCAUGAAUUCACACUGAGUAAAUACAUUUCGCAGUAAAUUGAGAGGACAGAUAUAUUAUAUCAGAAUGUGAUUAUUGUAACAUUUUUGUUCAUUGUGGUGCCUUGCGAUUUGGCUCAAUAAAUGUUGGGAAACACU